AUGGUCGGAGGCCUCCCAAUAGUGCAAUGCAUGUGUGAGGCUCUAAACAAACGGGGUGAUGUAGAACGUUUAGCUACAUUUCUCUGGUCUCUACCCGAAUCGGAGCUGGCGAGGGAAUCCGAAAGCCUACUACGCGCCCAGGCUAUAGUAGCUUUUCACAAAAAUUCAUACAGACACCUCUAUAAGAUAUUAGAAUCGCACUCUUUCCAUCCUCGGUGGCACACCGAUCUACAGACUCUUUGGCUCGAAGGACAUUAUGCUGAAGCCGAACAAAUUCGCAAGAGAAAAUUAGGUCCCGUGGAUAGAUAUCGCCUUCGAAAAAAGUUUCCGUUACCCAAGACAAUUUGGGAUGGCGAAGAAACUGUAUAUUGUUUCAAGGAAAAAAGUAGAAACGCUUUGAAGGAAUGCUAUGCCCGAAAUCAUUAUCCAACUCCAGAUGAGAAAAAAGAACUUUCAGAAAGAACUGGACUUACCCUUGUGCAAGUUUCUAACUGGUUCAAGAACAGAAGGCAACGGGAUAGGACACCGCAAGCUAAUUCAGACAUGAUGCUCAGUAGCGUGCCAUCUAUGGGACACCAAAGCAAUAUACUUUCAGGACAUCAUCAGGACGCGAUGGAGUUAGCUGCCAUACAAACUGCAAAAAUGUUUGAAUCGGCUUGCAAUAUUACUUCCUAUUUACCUUCGAAUUACCCAGUAACUUGAAUAUUUCCUAUGACCGCUUACUAAAUGCCAUUUAAAUAAUUGUUGUUAUUAUCAUUCUAUGAAAGUUAUUAGACGCUUCAUAUUAUGUAAUUUGUAAG